AAUGAAGAAAUAAGAUUGGAAAUUCAUGUAAGUAUUUGGUGAUAAGGCAUCUUCUGACAAUGUAAGUGACGAGGAUAUCAUAUCUGCAGUGUAAUUUGAAAGGACUGGAAGAUUAUUAGGAUUAGGAGACAGAGCUGGUCGAUUGAUAAUAUUUGAAGUGCCAUAGAGUAAGAAGAGAGAUAAAGCUGAAUAUUAGUAUGAGUUUUAAUGAUUGUUUAGAUAUUUAACAGAAUUACAAUCACAUACAAGGGAAUUUGAUUUUCUUAAAAGUACUGAUAUAGAAGAGAAGAUUAAUCAACUUUAAUGGUUAAGAGCAUAAGGAAAAAAUAUGUAUAUAUUAUCAACAAAUGAUAAAACGGUGAAGUUAUGGAAGGUCAGUGAAAAAAAUGUAACUAAAGUUAUCAAACCAAGUGGUAAGGAUUUGGCAAUGCCUAAAUUAUAAGUUGUUGAGACUGGAUUGAUUCCUAGGUAAAUAAUUAAUAAGAUUAGAAAGUGUGAGAAAAGUAUUUCCUAAUUUGCAUAAUUAUCAUAUAAAUUCAUUGACUGCUUCAAAUAAUGAAGAAUUUGUUUUAACAUCAGAUGAUUUAAAAGUAUAUUUAUGGAGUAUUGAAUAACCAUCAAAAGCAUUUGUGGCUGUUGAUUUGAAACCUGAAAAUUUAGAUGAAUUAAGUGAAGUGAUAACAUCAUCAACAUUUCAUCCUAUAUUGGAUAAUUAAUUUUUAUAUACAACUAGUAAAGGAAUAAUUAAAUUAUGUGAUAUGAGAAAAUCAGGAAUUUGUGAUAAUACAGCUAUUACAAUGGCAGAACCAGAAGAUCCAGCUAAAAAGAAUUUCUUUACUGAAAUAGUUACAUCUAUAUCAGAUGCUUGUUUUAGUAGAAAUGGAAAAUAUAUAUUUUCAAGAGAUUUCUUAACUGUUAAAGUAUGGGAUAUUGCUAUGACCAAUAAACCAGUUGCUACAGUUUAAGUAUUUGAACCUUUAAAAUCAAAACUAUGUGAUCUAUAUGAAAACGAAUGUAUAUUUGAUAAAUUUUCAAUACAAUCAACACUUGAUUCAAAUAGUUUUGUAACUGGUAAUUUUAAUAGUACCUUCCAUAUUGUAGAUAGAUUAGGUAAUAUAGUUUAUUAUUAUUUUAAUAGGUGAAUGUAAUUCAUAAUAUGAAUUGAAUUUCAAUAAGAAAACUGUAGUGAGACAGAUCCCACCAAAAUAUUUCGAGAAUUUGGGAUCAUCAUAUGAUUUUAAUCGUAAAGUUUAGAAAAUCAGCAUGUGCUAAACUCAAAACCUUGUUGCAAUUGCUUGCCUCAAUUGUCUCUAUUUCUAUACAGCAUGAC